AUGUCGCACACUCAGACUCCCCGACGUCCGAACCAGCAGGGAAACAGGAAAGGCCAACGCACGAAAUCCAAGCCUCAGUUGGCUGCCGACAUGGACGAUGACGACCCCAACCAAUGGCUCGGCUUCAGCAUGCCCGCUCGCGGCGCCGGUGUGCCCGGAUCAGGCGUACCGGGACCCCCGAGGCGGAGCAGAAAGGGCGAGACGUGGCGCGGCAGCGCGCUCACCCGCGAGAAGUUUGUGAACGCGAGCUUCCGCUUUGUCAUGAAGCCGAACGAACGUUUCAGCUACGGCGCGCACUUUGCCGACCCCGACAUUGCGCUCCACUGGCCGCAUAUCCUCCAAGUGCUCAUGCCCACGUUUAGCGCGUACUCUGUCGCGCAGGGUUACGUCGCGUCCGAGAACGACGACGAUGACGCCGGUGGUGAGGAGGCUGCUGAGAAGCGCCGCCGGAUUGAAGAGGAGAAGCAGGGAAGGUCAUGCCCGAUCUGCUUGUCCAAACCGGUUGCGGGACGUAUGACCAAGUGUGGCCACCUGUCCGAGGUGCCGAGGGCGGCGGCGUGCCCAAUUUGUGGCGAUUCUAUCCACGAGGGCAUGCUGAAAAGCGUGCGGUACCUCGACGCCGAGACGAUGGUCAAGGGAUCCCAAGGUGACGACGACGGUCUUAUCGACAAGGACUCGGACCACGAGCCCACGAUGGACGAGGCCAAGACAAUCGACGCCGAGCCCGAGGCACCGCGCGGUCAACACAAGAUUCACAUGCGGCUGCUGCAACGCCCCCAGAUGACCUCGAUGGCCUUCCCCCCGACGCCUACCUGGCCAUCCGACGCCAUCCCUCCCGUCUCUGCUCCGUGGUACUUCCUCCCUGAUGUGCUUACGUACGCCCACUUCAUGCUCGCGACACCCGAGUACAUGAUGUCCGAGCUGAAGCGCGAGCUGAAAGAGCUGCAGGGCGAGUACGACCUGCUCAAGGGCGACGAGCUGGGUCGCAGCUUUGUGCUUGCCGCUAGGGCCAAGAUUGAGCGCCAGAUGGAGAAGGUCAAGGGCGAGCUCAUGACCGACGGCGUGUACAGCGCCAUCGGAGAAGCUCGUGAGGCUUGGGGCGAGGCCGUCGGCGGCGCCAAGCGCGAGCGCGAGAGACAACGCGAGCGUGAGCGCAAAGCGGAAGAGCAAGCGAAGAAGGCGCAGGAGGCCAAGGAAGCCGCCGAGGUGCCGAUUGAGCUGCUCGAUACGACCCGAGGGUAUCAGUAUGCCGGUCCGACGGUGCACGUCCCGCCGAACAUUCCUGUCGAGCCGAAUCCGAUGCCGCCGAAGAAGAACAAGCGGCGGCCCAAGACGGCAACACCCUCGAUUCCCUCAACGCCGACAUCGUCGGGCUCGUACUACUUUUACCAGUCGUCGCUCGGUGCGCCUGUCUUCCUUAGCCCGCUCGACAGCCGUAUUCUGCUAGCCGAGUUUGGCUCUUACGCCAAUGUGCCGCCAGAGAUCUCGUUUACAACGACGGGAUAUGACUCGGCGACUGUCACGGACGACCUCCGCCGGCGCAUCAAGUACCUCUCUCAUUUGCCUGUCGGUACCGAAGUGGUGUUCGUCGAAGCCGAUCUGUCCCAUAUUGUGAAACCCGAGACGCUCGAGCCGUUCCAAACUGCUCUGCGUGCGCGAAAGCAGAAACGCCGAGACCGCGUCCGUCGCGAGGACAGGAUGAAGCGCCGCGCCGAGGAGGCCGAGAAGGCGCGCAACCCCGAGCAGCGCGUCGUCCCUUCUGCCACGACAGAGAGUGUCGACCAUGAGCUCGCCAUGGCUCUUGCGCGGAGUCUAGAGGCGGGCUCACCCGAGGGAGCCUCUGCGUUCCCGCUGCCGUCGACGGAACCCGCUACGCCGGCUCCCGCCCCUGCUCCUCAGCAGCAGAACGGCUCUUCGUUCAGCUGGGCACUGCAGCAUCGCACGACUUCCUCGGUCCCGCGCCUGGAACAGGUCGACGAAGCGUGGGGCGGGGCAAUCGAUGCCGCGCUGGCGGCCGAACCGAAGAAGGGCAAGAAGGGGAAGAAGGGGCAGAAACUGGUGCUCGGCGGUGGGGGCAGGCAGGCGUAG